GUAGAGCAGAGAACGCAGGCAGAACAGGCACUCCCUACCAGUCAACCACCGCUUCGUUCUCCGUUCUUCCCCACACCGCUCGCCUCCUUCGGAUUCUUUCCCCGAGCUCCACCGCACCUCACGUCUAUAAAUAAGGGGAGGUGCCCGCGGUGCCCAUCAAUUCGCGUCACCGCGUCCCGAGAGCGCGAAUCAUUCCGCGCGACGCAAAACCCUAGCCCAUCCACCGAUCCCUGUCAUGGCGGCCACCACCAGCCAGGCGAGCCUCCUCCUGCAGAAGCAGCUCAGAGAUCUCGCGAAGCACCCGGUGGAUGGGUUCUCGGCUGGGCUGGUCGACGACAGCAACGUCUUCGAGUGGCAGGUCACCAUCAUCGGACCGCCGGACACACUAUAUGAUGGAGGGUAUUUCAAUGCUAUCAUGAGCUUCCCCCAAAAUUACCCAAAUAGCCCGCCAUCAGUCAGAUUCACCUCUGAAAUGUGGCAUCCAAAUGUUUAUCCGGAUGGGCGCGUGUGUAUCUCUAUUCUUCAUCCACCGGGUGAAGAUCCAAACGGUUACGAGCUUGCAAGUGAGCGUUGGACGCCUGUGCACACAGUUGAAAGCAUAGUUCUGAGCAUUAUAUCCAUGCUCUCUAGUCCAAAUGACGAGUCUCCAGCAAACAUUGAGGCAGCUAAGGAAUGGAGGGAGAAGAGGGAGGACUUCAAGAAAAAGGUGCGGCGCAUUGUGCGGAAAUCACAGGAAAUGUUCUGAAGAAAAUGGGGGUACUGGGAAGUUAACCAUGCCAUGUCAGGCUGCAAAAAUUUUGCUGCCAAUCUCAAAAUGCUCAUCUGACACCAGUGUCUUGUGUAUUUUCCAUUUAGCGCCUGUCCAUUGGUGAUAGUUGCCUCCAGAAAUGCAUUAGGACGUGGUCUGUUAUGAAGGUUCUGUUUGUAUCGUGUGGCUUGGGCUCUACUAAUGUUGACAAACCUGAAGUGCUACCGGUUAUCGUAACUUCGGUGGUGAACCUGGUAUAAGCAGGCGCCAUUCCUGUCAGCUAAUAGUUGAGAAAACAUAUCAGUGAAAUUGUGCAUUGUUAGUGUAAUGAGGCAGCUCCAUAUUGUUGCUUCUGGUAACUCUA